AUACUAGAUAGGCGGUGACGAAUCUGUAAAUUGAGUUUGGACUUUUCAACUUGUGCUUUGCAUGUAAGAAUCGAUGGCGCUUUUGAAAGGGCUAUCUUUUGUAAGCCUGCUUUGCCUAACCUACGGAUAUUACUAUGUCACACUACCAAAAUACGUCUCCCCUGGUACGCCCCUUAGCGUAGUGGCCCACGUGACCCAGACUGGAGGCCCCGUAUCAUUUCUGGCAAAAAUUGUUGCUUCCAACGAUUCGGACGUGGCCAGUGUCAGGAAAAACAUUGUGAACGAUGCUGCUGAAAGUUUGCAGAUUGUGGUUCCUAGUGACCUUCCCAAAGAUGACUACAAGAUAGUUGUGUCCGGGUCAGGGGGACUUUCCUUCUAUAACGAGUCUAAGCUGUUCUAUGAGGAAAACAUCCUGAUUUUCAUUCAGACUGAUAAGGCACGCUACUCAGGCGGUCAACAAGUCAGAUAUAGGACAGUUUUCUUGUUACCGACUCUUGCGAACUUCAACGGUAGCGCUGUCAUUUCAUUUUACGAUGGCAAUGGAAACAGAAUAGAGACAAGAGGGCCGACCGCAAUAACAGACGGUGUGAUUGGCGGAGCCCUUGAUUUAAGCAGGGAACCUGUUUUCGGCGAUUGGGAAAUAGAAGUUAAAGUUCAGCAAACAACCGUUUCGAAGCAGUUCAAGGUGUUCGACUACAUUUUGCCAAAAUUUAGUGUGGACCUGUCUUUGCCGCAAAACAUUAAAAUAUCGGAUCAGAGCAUAACUAUUUCAGUGGAAGCGAGAUAUACGUUCAAUAAAGAGGUUAUCGGCACUUGCACCAUUCAGAUAUAUGACGCGGACUACCAGCGAUUCAAACUGGAAUUUGAACAGGAGAUACGAGGAACAACUAAUUUUACUAUUGCAAUGCAUGACCUAAGACAACAUAAUCUGGUGUACGGGAAUAUAAAAAUUCGAGCCUUCGUAACAGACAAUGCAACUGCACUUACAAUGGCUGCGGAAACAGAUUUAAAAAUCGAUGUACAAAAACAAUCUUUCUGGAAAAUCAAAGAAAUACUCGAUAGGAGAGGAUUUUUUCCAGGUCUAACUUAUUCAACGAUCAUUCGCCUGACUAACCACGAUGACGCUCCUCAUAGAUCAGGAGUAUUCAGAUACACAGCAACAUUUCUUCGUGUUGAUAAAAUUACUUGUCCUGCUGGAUCAUUUCACAAGGAAAUAAUAAACGUGACGCACACUCAUUUGAAUGGCAAUGCUUCAUACGACACUUCUGGUUUCGCUGUGAUCACAUUCUUGGUUCCAUCAGGGCCUAUUGAAACAAUCGACCUUUCAGUAAGCGAUCGAUAUACAGGAGCAUCAAUGUACAGCUAUUUGAAAUCGUUUUCAAGAUAUUCAUUUCCACUCCUUCGAGUUUGGACAAACACACCUGAUGUUAUGGUUGGAGAUAUAAUUGAUCUGCUUGUUGAGUCAACAGAAGCUUUGGUUGGAAAUGUCACAAUGGAGUUCUACUCACGGGGAAUGAUGAUACGACUCAUUCAAGCACCUGCCAGCAAUUCAAGGAUAAUAGGUAUUAAUGUUCCGAUAUCAGCAGACAUGUUUCCACGGGUGUUUCUCAUGGUGUCACACAUCACACAGUCCGGACACAUUCUAUCGGACAAUGUAGUUAUCCAAGUCCAAGGGAAGCCCUUUAUUAACAAGGUGGAAGUUACAUAUAACACAACACUGGCAAAGCCAAGGCAAUCAGUUGAUAUGAAAGUGACGGCAGAUCGUGGAUCGACGGUUUAUAUAUCAGUUGAGGACGAACGCAAUCGCUUGCUAGGAUCUGACAAUGACAUUUACGCAAAUGAGGUAAUAGACGAAGUUCGUAGAGUAUCUCACAACACGUAUUCUAAUCUUGAGCGGAGAGGAGGACAUAAAAGAUCAUCUACAAAGAACCAGAAAAUCCAACCCGACGAGGUUGAUAGAAACCGACGCGAGUAUGGCUUGUUCGGCGAUACAGAUGACGGUUAUAUGCAAACAGGAUUGAUACUCUUGACGGAUGGAAAAUCCUUUGAAAUAAGGGACGUGCAUGAUUCAAAUUUCUACAGUGGAUUGUCAUUUCACUGUUAUGAAGAAACGCGUAAGUACAAUUAA